AAUUAUUUCCCCUUUCAAAAAAAAAAAAAAGUGGUUUAUAUCAUGAGCCUCCCCUAUAUAAAGUCAAGACAGCUGCAAACAACUCUAUAUAUAUACUCUCUCUCUCUCCUCUCUCUCUCAUAAAUUAAUUACUAUAAUUAGGGAGUUUUUGGAGAUGGGUUUACAUGGGAAGUUGAUUGCAGCAAUAGAAUUCAAAGCUGGUGGAGAUGUGUUUCAUGAACUUUUUAGGCACAAACCACAUGAUCUUUCCACAAUUAGCCCUGGUAAAACACAAGGCUGUGAUCUUCAUGAGGGUCAAUUUGGUCAAGUUGGUUCCAUUAUUUGCUGGAGGUACAUCCAUGAUGGGAAAGAAAAGAGAGAUAAACAGGUGAUCGAAUCGAUUGAUGAAGAGAAGAAGUUGAUUGUAUUCAAGAUGAUUGAAGGGGACUGGAUGGAGCUAUACAAGACAUUCGUUAUUACAGCCCACGUUGAGACAACGGGUGACAUUGAUUUGGUGACGUGGACAUUAGAGUAUGAGAUGCUUAAUGAUGACGUGGGGCAUCCCAUCUCGUUCCUCUCCUACUUCAUCGACCUCACCAAAGACAUCGAGACACAUCACCUCGCCAAACCUUAAAUUACUCUAGUUGUGUGCUCUCUCUGAUGACUCGAACCCCUGACGUAUUAGUUGAAGAAGAAGAGUUUAAGUAAUUAAGCCGUACUUUGUUGUCUUGUUUCUUUGUGAGUUAAUAAGCCGUUGUUGUAAGACGUGUGUGUGUGUGCGCGCGCGUGUGUUUUCAGUACUUGUGUUGUGUAAUAAUAAUGAGUGUUUUGCAUGUGUAUACACUCAAUAAUAGUCGAGGUAUGAAUAAAGUAAUGUAAUAUUUCAUCCGUCCACAAAAAAUAGUAAAGGAAAAAUAAUGGUUUUAAUGAAAA